GUGACCGUCGGGUGCUAGCGAAUGAACGCCUCUGACGCUUCGGUACGAGUAGCAGCCAGCGCUGCCAGAGUUAGAUCUAUUCGCAUACUGUCGAGUAAAAGUUUUGUGAAGCCACGUUAAAAAAAAUAUAGUGCAAAGGAGAUUGGAUCACCAGUUUUCGCUCCUCCAGUGUCUUCCAUUGUAACACCUCUGUAAGGAAUGUCACGGGACUAUGACAGAAGAAGAGGAGGUAGCGGUAGUGGUAGCAGCUCUAGUAAGUUACGGAUGGAUACCAAUGUAUCACAGCCCAGGCCACAUGGUGAAAAUUCAGGGAAGAGAAGAGAAUUAGAUAGUGUAAUGCGGAAAGCUCGUGAGUCUCAAUCAAGUUAUUGGAAUAAGAAGCUUUUGGAGGUAGAGGAGCGAGACCCGAACAGAUGGAGACACAGCGGAUAUAAAGAGUUAUAUGUUGGAGGCACAGCAAGUGGAGAACCUAGCAGAGGACACCCUCGCAGCCCAAGAAGCCCUAGACCUAGGAGUCCGCACAGCCCAAGACCGCGUAGUCCUCGAACUAGAAGUCCACGUUCACCGCGUGAAAGAUCACAUACCAGAGGAAGACCUGCACGCAGUCCAAGUACUGGCAGUACUUGUUCUGAUCGAUCAUGCAGCGUUUGUUCGCCAAAAGAACGACGGCGCAUUGCUCAGCCUUCUCGGUCGCGUUCAAGAUCACUAACACCAGUUCGAAGUCGAGCACAUCCAAAAGAAGUAGUACCGUCAAGUUCACGAGUAAUACCAACUCGUACUAGACCACGGUCGCCUCCUUUACCACGUCCACGCACACCUCCACCAGCACCACAACCUCCACAGCGUCAUCAAAAGGACUACAAAACAAUUAAAGAAAAAGAAGCCAAAGUUCGACGCAAAGAAAAGCAUCAUACUAGAAUACCAGAAGAUCCACGAGUCCCAGAUCCAAUACCAUUGAUGCGUAAACCUGUAAAGGUAGAAAAAACUCAUUCAAGUCACGGAGCAACUCAAAUGAUUAGGCCUCCACCUGAAUCCUCACCGAGCGAAGACAGUGAUAGUUCUUCCACUACAUCGCACGUUGGUCCACCUAGGAUGACAUUAUCAGAACGCUUUGGUAAAAUGGCACAAUGGAGUGUAGAUCGUCGAGAUAUGGAAAACAUGCGUAUCACAAAAGAUGGAGAAAAUGCAAUGAAAGUUGUGAUAGAGGGUGAAGAAAGGAUUGCAAGAUUAGGAUAUGAUUCUCCACCGCCGGGGCAUUAUCCUGAAUCGCUUUUAGCACAAGGGCCAAGGGGUCUGGAAUGUUGGGACGAUGUCCGUGUUAGAUAUGAAUACUAUAAAGCGAGGGGAUAUCUUCGACACCUCACUUUAGAUGAUUAUAUAAAGUGGGAAGAAUGGUGGUAUAAAUAUCAAGAAUGGUUAGAAGCGGAACGUUUUUAUGAACAAUGGGCCUCUUCAAACCGUCCUACUGGUGGAAGUCGCAAGAGACGCGGUCGACGUAAUAACGCAGCUCACUGAAAUUUUGCAAGCCCGUUACAAAUCAUUCUUGAUUCAUAGACAUUGUCAUCAAUAAAACAUACUGUAAUAUUUGUUGUGCUUAGAAAGGACUGCAAAAGGUGUGCAAACGCUCUAUACGUACAUAAGUACAUACAUAUAUAAACACACAAACACACACACCCAUAUAUAUAUAUAAAUAUAUAUAUAUUAUAAUA